AUGCGAGCUCUGUGUGUGAAGAAAGUUGACUCCUUUCUCUCGAAACUAUAUUUAGCUUCUUCAGGUAACUGUCGUCGAUACCUCGGCCAUACGAUAUCGAAGCAGGGAAGGUUCUCUAAUGAAGAAGCCCUUAUACUUGAACGUUUGUCCGAAGGAGGACUCGUACAUGCACGCCACCUGCUCGACAAAAUUCCUCAGAGAGGAAGCAUCAGCCGCGUCAGGCACUGGACUUGGCUUCUUACCAAAUUCGCCAAAGCUGGAUACUUGGACGAAGCUAGGGUUUUGUUCCAAGUCAUGCCGGAGAGGAACAUCGUCACUUGCAACGCUAUGCUGACGAGCUAUGUCAAAUGCAGGAAGCUCAACGAGGCUUGGACGUUGUUUCGGGAGAUGCCUAAGAACGUUGUUUCGUGGACUGUGAUGCUUACUGCGCUUUGUGACCAAGGAAGGAGUGAAGAGGCAGUUGAGCUGUUCGAUGAAAUGCCUGAGAGAAACGUGGUUUCGUGGAACACGUUGGUCUCGGGUCUGAUUGGGAGUGGGGACAUGGAGAAGGCGAAACAGGUGUUUGAUGCUAUGCCUUGCAGAGAUAUUGUGUCGUGGAACGCUAUGAUUAAAGGGUUCAUCGAGAACGGUGGAUGGGAAGAAGCGAAACUCUUGUUUGAGAGUAUGAGUGAGAAAAAUGUAGUUACUUGGACGAGCAUGGUGUCUGGUUAUUGUCGAUACGGAGAUGUUCAUGAAGCUUUUAGAUUGUUCUGUGAAAUGCCUGAGAGAAAUAUCGUUUCCUGGACUGCUAUGAUCAGUGGGUUUGUUUGGAAUGAGUUCUAUAGAGAAGCCUUGUUGAUUUUUCUUGAAAUGAACAAGGAUCUUGACGGGAUGUCACCGAAUGGUGAAACCCUUAUCUCUCUUGCUUAUGCUUGUGGUGGUCUUGGUGUUGGAUUUCACCGUCUUGGCCAGCAACUGCACGCACAAGUUAUAUUUUAUGGUUGGGAAAGCCUCGAUCACCAUGGACGGUUGGCCAAAAGCCUUGUUCAUAUGUACGUGUCAUCUGGUUUGAUCGGUUCAGCGCAGUAUCUGCUUAAUGAAAACUUCGAUUUACAGUCUUGUAACAUUAUGAUUAAUGGUUAUUUAAGGAUUGGGGAUUUGGCACAAGCUCAAACUCUGUUCGAGAAAGUUGAGAGCUUACGCGACAAAGUAUCUUGGACAUCAAUGAUCAAUGGUUAUCUAGAUGCUGGCGAUGUCUCUAGAGCCUUUGAUUUAUUUCAGAAACUUCACGAUAAGGACGGGGUUACAUGGACGGUUAUGAUCUCAGGUCUUGUCCGAAACGAGCUUUUUGCAGAAGCUGCGUCUCUAUUGUCAGAUAUGGUGAGACACGGUCUGAAACCGUUAAACUCGACUUACUCUGUUCUUCUUAGUUCUGCUGGCGCCACUUCGAAUCUCGAUCAAGGGAAGCAUUUACACUGCGUGAUCACCAAGACAACGGCUUGCUAUGAUCCUGAUCUCAUCCUUCAGAACUCUCUUGUCUCAAUGUACGCAAAAUGUGGAGCCAUAGACGAUGCUUAUGAGAUAUUCUCAAAGAUGGUCCGGAAAGAUACUGUUUCGUGGAACUCCAUGAUGAUGGGCCUAUCACAUCACGGCUUAGCAGAUAAAGCUUUAAGCCUGUUCAAAGAGAUGCUUGAUUCAGAGAUGAAGCCGAACUCUGUGACGUUUCUCGCAGUUCUCUCAGCUUGUAGCCACUCUGGACUCAUAACAAGAGGUUUAGAACUAUUCAAAGCAAUGGAGGAAACCUAUUCGAUCCAGCCCGGGAUCGAGCAUUACAUCUCGAUGAUAGACCUAUUAGGCCGAGCCGGGAAACUCAGAGAAGCAGAGGACUUCAUCUCAACUCUACCCUUCAUCCCAGACCAUACAGUCUACGGCGCAUUGCUAGGCUUAUGCGGGCUCAACUGGAGAGACAGAGAUGCGGAAGGCAUAGCAGAACGGGCUGCUAGGAGGUUGCUAGAGCUAGACCCGGUUAAUGCGCCAGGACAUGUGGCCCUGUGCAACGUGUAUGCUGGUUUAGGGAAGCAUGAGAUGGAGAAGGAGAUGAGGAAAGAGAUGGGUUAUAAAGGUGUGAAGAAGACACCAGGAUGUAGUUGGAUUGUGGUCAAUGGAAAAUCAAAUGUGUUUCUCUCUGGUGAUAAAUCUGCUUAUGAAGUUGCUCAAAUAAUUUUGCCAAUCUUCUGUAGUAAUGAAAUGCUUGAAGAGAAAGUGUUGACUCUUUGCCAUUGCUGACAAGUGAACCACAUAUGUUUGCUACUUGUAGUAUUUAACUAACUAUUUCUUAA